AACCAAACCGGAAAACCUCGUUGCCUCGUCAAGUCGCCUUAAAGCAUUUUGCUCUCGCGAUACCCUUUGCUAGGGUUUUGCGGCCGCGGCAGCCAUGGUGAACGUCCCGAAAACCAAGAAAACCUAUUGCAAGAACAAGGCCUGCAAGAAGCACACCUUGCACAAGGUCACUCAAUACAAGAAGGGUAAGGAUAGUCUAUCAGUUCAAGGAAAGCGUCGUUAUGAUCGGAAGCAAUCUGGUUACGGUGGGCAGACUAAGCCUGUUUUCCACAAGAAGGCAAAAACCACAAAAAAGAUUGUGCUGAAAUUGCAAUGCCAAAGUUGCAAACAUUUUUCUCAGCACCCAAUCAAGAGGUGCAAGCAUUUUGAAAUUGGUGGAGACAAGAAGGGCAAGGGAACCUCUUUGUUUUAGAUGCAUUGCUUUAAACUUUCAUAGCUUUUGGUACUUUCAUAUUGUUCAUUUGCUUUUUGAAGAACUGCUAGUAAGCUAUGUUUGUGCUCAUCUUUUUAUUUUUAGCUGUGAAUUAUUUCACUAUUUAGUAAGAUAAACUUUUGAAGAUUUGAACUUUUAGUGGUAUUGAUGUUCUUUAGGCA